AUGGAGUGGAAACCUAUGGAGAUGAACCCCUUGAUGUUCAACAAACUGCUCACUAAGCUGGGUGUGUGUGGUAGAUUGCGUUUCGUGGACAUGUUAUGUCUGGACAAGGAGGAUUUGUCGUCUGUACCGGUUCCAUGCGGCGCCGUCAUUCUGCGGUUCCUGCUAAUGGAACAGCAUGAGUUGUUCCGGGAGGAGCAGGAAGAUAAAGGAGAGCUGGUGUUUGUGGGUCUGACAGUUUUCUUCCUGAGAAACAAAGUGGUCAACUCCUGUGGCACCGUAGCUCUGCUGCACGCAGUUGCCAAAAACUCCACCCACAUGGAGUACCAUGGUAACUCGCCUGUGAAGAAGUUGGAUGAGACAUAUUGGAUGUUCCCCCCUCAACAAAGCUGCCCACCUAGAGGUGAACCAGGCCAUCAGAGAGGUCUAUUAUGACGCGGCAACACAGGGCCAAUGCAGGGUCGAGGCAGAUAAUGUCAACUUCCAUUUAAUUACCUUUGUCAAGGUGAACAGAAUACUUUAUGAGCUGGACCCUAGUAUGGAGGGGCCAGUGAACCAUGGAGACACCCAGGACAACUCCUUCAUCUGGGAUGCAGCG